AUGCGCCCGAUACAAACACCUGAAAAUGUUCCCCGUCUUUUUGAUCUUGUUAAGCCAAAAGAUGAUAAGUUUAUCCCAGCAUUUUAUAGUGUGUUACAAAAUACUUUGGUAGCCGAAAAUCUACAACAAGCGAAUAGGAUAGCACUUGGUAAAACUCGAUGGCUUGUAGUGACUUUAAAUGGCGAAUUGAUUGACAAAUCUGGCACUAUGAGUGGCGGAAGUGCCCAAUUUGAACUAUCAAAGUUAGAGAUGUAUGCUGAUGCUUGCGUAAAAAGUAUUACCGAUAAUGAAAAAGAAUAG